AUGGUGCUGAUCUAUCCGUCUUUUUUUUUUCUCAGGUACGAGGUGGUGGAGAAGCCGGAGGCCGCUCAGGAGUCCCUGGAGCUGCUGGCGUCGCUGAUCAAGGACAGCUACCGGGGGCAGGCGGGCAUCGUGUACGCCUUCUCGAGGAAGGAGGCGUCGGACGUGGCGGCCGGCCUGGCGGCUCGGGGAGUCCCGGCGGCGUUCUACCACGCCGGGCAGGAGGAAAGGGAGCGCAGCCGUGUCCAGCAGGCGUGGAUGAGGGGGGAUGUACCGGUCAUCGUCGCCACCAUCGCGUUCGGGAUGGGCAUCAACCACCUCGAGGUUCGAUUCGUGGUCCACUUCUCCCUGAGCAAGAGCCUUGAGAACUACUACCAGGAGAGCGGGAGAGCGGGCAGGGACGGCAAGCCUAGCCGUUGCGUGGUGUUCUACCGGCCCUCCGACGUUUCGAGACAGGCGACGCUCUCCUGCCAGGACCAGGGGAGCCAGCCCCUCGCCACGCUGUACAAGAUGGUCCGGUACUGCCAGACGAUGGCAACCUGCCGGAGGACCAUGAUCGCGGAGGCCCUGGGCGAGCGGGGCGGGAAGGGGCUGUGCUCGGGCGGCGGCGGCGGCGGCGGCGGGUGCGACGUGUGCUCGGGGGGCAUCGACGAGGCCGCCGACGUGGCCACUCUCGACGCCACCGCGCACGCCUGCACUCUAGUCAGGAUACUCCGACACUUGGCCUUGAAGGAGCAGCGCGUGACCCCGAGGCAGCUGGUGGACGCGUGGAGGGCAAAGAAGGGUGCGAAGGCAAUGCCUGACGAGGUCGUCGGGGAGAACGACCGGCCGCCGAAGGCUCUUUCUCGGUCCGCGUGCGAGCGGCUCGUGCUGCAGCUCCUGGGAGACGGCGUGCUGUCCGACGAUUUCCAUUUCACGGCGUUCUCCGUCGUCCACUACGUGGUCACGGGGGCACGCGCUCACGCCCUGGAGAGCGGCAGGCUCUCCCAGGUUUCCUUUCAGGUACGAGGGAGCGCCGUCGCCGGCGCAGCCGGCGCCGUGAGGAAGAACCCCGCCGGUGCUAGCAGCGAAAGGCCUUCCAAGGCGGCGGCGGCGGCGGCGGCGGCGGCACGGCAGAAGAAAAUUCCCGCGGGGGCGGGGGGCGGUCGGGGUCAAGGAAGCAGCGGGAAGAGACGGGCGAGGUCGACGGCUGGCGGCGGCGCAACGGGUGUGGUUGCUGCUGCCGGGGUAGUCGACCUUUGCGACAGCGACGGGGAAGAGGAAGCAGUCGCCGUCCGGGAGGGGGGCGGGAAGCGCUCGGCGGGGUGGGCCGCGGAGGGAGAAAGCGAGGAGGACGACGGGGAGGAGGAGGAGGAGUGGAGUGGAGAUGAUGGCAGUAGAGGCGGUGGUCCCUUUCGGACGGUAUACUCUUCUGACAACGAUAGCGACGACUUUGAGCCGGCCAAGCCUAGGAGACGGAAGAAGGCCAAGAUCGUGGCGAGUGUUGGCAGUUGUACUAGUGACAACGCAUGAAUCUGUGCACGACAGCGGCGUCAGCCAAUGAGUCACCUUGUU